CUGGGGACAGGGGCUGGGGCAGGGACAAGGCGAUCAGCACCUUGGGGGCUGUUGUGAGGCCUUUGGGCAGUCUGUCACUAGGAGGCGCCCUCCGGCCUGGGCCAGAGGCAGCGUGGUUCCUGGGGCCUCUUCUGUUGAGCAGCUCUGGGACCCUGGCACAUGUCCGUGGGGCUUCGCCAGGAAGAAGCUGGGGACAGAACCCAUACAUACCACAUACUAUGGAGCGCAAGAUGGAGUUCUUCCAGAAGCUGGGUUACAGCCGUGAGGACGUGGUCAGGGUGCUGGGCAAGCUGGGCGACGGAGCCCUGGUCAACGAUGUGCUGCAGGAGCUGAUCCACACAGGUAGCCGCCCGGGGACCCAGGAGGGUCUACUCAGCAGCACGGGGCCCCUGCUGGUUCCCAGGGGCUCCUGUGGGGCCCUGAACUCUGCUCAGCGAGCACUGGAAGAGGAUGAUGGCGACCUGGCCAGUUCCCUGCGGCCCAUAGUGAUCGACGGCAGCAACGUGGCAAUGAGCCAUGGAAAUAAAGAAGCCUUCUCUUGCCGGGGAAUCCAGCUGGCUGUGGACUGGUUCAGGGACAGAGGACACACGUACAUCAAGGUUUUUGUCCCAUCGUGGAGGAAAGAGCCAACACGUUCGGAUACCCCCAUCAGAGAGCAGCACGUGUUGGAGGAGCUGGAGCGGCAGGAGGUGCUCGUGUACACCCCGUCCCGCAAGGUGAACGGCAAGCGCGUGGUGUGCUACGACGACCGCUACAUCGUCAAGGUGGCCUAUGAGAAGGACGGCGUCAUCGUGUCCAAUGACAGCUACCGCGACCUGCAGAGCGAGAACCCCGAGUGGGGGUGGUUCAUCGAGCAGAGGCUGCUCAUGUUCUCCUUCGUCAAUGACAGAUUCAUGCCUCCUGAUGACCCCUUGGGCCGCCGGGGACCCACCCUGAGCAACUUCUUGAGCAAGAAGCCGAGGCCCCCAGCGCCAUCCUGGAAGCACUGCCCCUAUGGCAAGAAAUGCACCUACGGCAUCAAGUGCAAGUUCUCGCAUCCGGAGAGGCCAAGCCACCCGCAGCUGUCGGUGGCCGAUGAGCUUCGUGCCAAGACGCAGGCCCGGCCGUCAGGUGCAGCCCCGCCGAGCCCCCGGGAGCCUCGCGCCGAGGACCUGGCC